GACAUGUCCCCUGCCAUCCUGGAGAGCCCUUGGCCUCGAGAUCACAGGAAUGCGCAAAUGGGCGAUCGCGGCCUCGUCUUGACACAUCUUUUCCAUUUGCUUGACCAGGACCGGAACCUCCUGCUCGAUAUCUCAGAGCAGGCGCAGCUGCUGCGCCAUGCGCCGGCGGAGCUGGCAGGCAACAUCCGGAGAUGGGAGAGACGGUGGCAGAGGGAGUCAGAUGCUGCCGGCAACAUCAACUUUUCCAUGUUUCUGGCCGCCGUGGAGCACACACAGGCCCUCAGUCUCGGCAAGGUCCUUCGGAGGCUGCGGCUCCAAGUGGAAGCGGAUCCGCCCUCGCAAAAGCCGCGGCCUUCCUGGUGGGGCCUUGGUACGUCCUGGGGAGCGCCCGAGGGUCCGAAUCCCGCCUGCUGGAGCGAGGCCCUUCGAAGCUUGGCUUUGAGAGAUAUGGCGACGCUGAGCUUCCGUUGA